AUGGAGCCGCCAGCCUGCGAGGGCUCCCCAGGGAGCAGAAACUUCGUCGAGGAAGCCGCUGAGUACCUCCAGCACACGCCGCCGGGUAGGGAAGAUCUGCAGCUGCUGCUGACAGAAGAUGGAGCCUGGGAGAACUUUGUGGCUGAGGCCGAGUUGUCCAGAGCUGAUGCAGAUACAUUACGAGACGCUCUCAACGCCCUCACAGAAAACAUGGCCAAGGAAGACCAAGACAGGCUCCGACAUGACCUGCAGGACGUGGAGAGGUUUGUGGAUAAGUUUCCUCAGGUGAAACUGGAGCUUGAGCAGCACAUCAGGAAGCUGCGCGCCCUUGCAGACAAGAUUGACAAGGUGCACAGGGACUGCACCAUCUCCAAGGUGGUGGCCGGCUCCACCGGUGCUGUGUCCGGAGUCCUGACCCUCCUUGGCCUCGCUCUGGUACCUGUGACAGCUGGGGCCAGUCUGGGGCUCUUGGCAAUAGGGAUGGGCCUGGGAGCAGCAGCUGCUGUGACUAGUGUCUCCACUGGUAUCGUGGACUACACUAAUGAGUCGUCGGCCAGAACGAGAGCCAGCCACCUGGUAUCAACCAGCAUGGACAAAGUGAAGAUGGUUGUGGAAGCUGUGGUUCAUUCAGGGCCCCAAGCCUACCACUUGUCUAAGAAUUGCUACCGAGUCCUGCGAUGCCUUCAACAGAGCAUCUACGCCAUCAAGCUCGCCAAAGCCAACCCUGCCUUAGCAGCCAGUGCUAAGCGCCUCUUGACCAUGGGGCGCAUCCCUGCCCAAAGUGGAGAGCAGGCGAAGAAAGCCUUCAGGGGCACUGCUCUGGCAAUGAGCAGAAGAGCCUGGGUCAUGAAUAUAGCCACCACAGGUGUGUCCCUCACUGUGGAUGUCAUCAGCCUUGUGAAAGAAUCCAAGAGACUGCAUGAGGGGGCAAAAGCCGAGUCGGCUGAGGAGCUGAGGCAGCAGGCUCAGGAGCUGGAGGAGAAAUUGGAGGUGCUCAUCCAGAUCCAUGAGAGUUUGCAGUCAGGCUCAAAUCAGUAACACGCUUCCUCCCCCAAAGUAGCAAGAAGUCUUGGAAGGUGUUCUGGACAGAGACAGAGGCAUUUUGUUAGAGGAAAUCAAGCCCCUCUAACAUGGUGUUCAGGA